AUGUAUAGUAUUAGUACGAAAACAACCCGACAGUCCCGGGGGAUAUUUAGCGUUACCGUGCACGUUCACACUGAACAGGCUGGGCGAUUUUUAUUUUAUUUUUUUUAUCUCCGACGGGAACGCGACGACCGGCAGCGGCACCCACCCAGACGCGUACCCAUUAUUACCCAGCCGGCGGCCCGACAAUUCUCCUGCGACCGUCCAAGUCGAAGCACGUCGCCAGUCGCCACUCGUACAGCAGCAGCGUCCGACGUCUCACGUUUAUUAUCCGUAUUCCAGCUACCUUUCACGCCCGUCUUCGAAAACAUACCCAAAACAGGUAAACGCAACACAGAUUUCGUGUGAUGAAUUAUCGUCUUUAUUUUUUUCUGUCUCUCUGUAUUAAUAAAAUAAUAGUACGGUUAAGCGCGGCGUAAAACGAUAUUUCCGGAUAAAACAUCACCCGUAUCGGCGAGUCUCGAUAUUAUCUCCGAUAUCGUUUUAUACCGAGCUUUUUACAUUAUAUUUGUAGAUACGGGAGUUUUUUUUCCGCGGGUAUCCCGAAGAGUUACCCGCACGACUUACCGAAGUCUAAUUAGAUUUACUAAAAGUUACCGUCGCCUAUAUUACUCUACUUUAGGUAUAUUAUUAUAUUAUAAUAUUACUUAGAUCUCUAUACACAUAUAUAUAAAGAUUUUUCGCGUGCUUAGUUUACAACCUAUACGUCUAUGAUGUUGCAAUAAUAUUGUUGCAGUGCGUGUUUAGGUGAACAUUUUUUUUUUCUAGAAAUUGCGAAUCCUAGGUACGUUUCAUAUUUAUUUAUUUCGUUAGUUUUUUCGUGCGUUUGUGUUUUCUCGAUAAAAGUUAUCAAUUCGUUAUUGAACGUAACUUAUACAUAUUAUAAUAUAGGCAGUUAAGGUGAAACUGUAGAACAAAUUUCGAUAGUUCGUAUUAAAAUAUAUUUUCAGCCAUUCUUAAAAUAGAAAAUGUCUUAAAAAUUUUAAAAAUACGAUAACGCACACAUAUUGUCACAUAUAACAAUACGACCCACGGGGGGGGGGAGAGGGCGAAUGCCCUCUUCGCUCCCCCCACUGGUGCGCCACUGAAUAAUGGAUCGGUAAGUACGCAGCAGCUUGCGGUUCUAAGUUCUCCGCCGAGUCGCGGUAAAAACCAUUUGCGUAAUUUAUAAAAAGAUAUACUAUACCACUAAUCACUAUUAUACGUACGUUGAAGUCUUUGCAGCUGUCACAUUGGCACGGGCAUUUGUGCGCAAUCCUGUAUCAUGCGCGUCUGUACCUAUAUAUAUAUAUAUAUAUAUAGGAACAAUUUUAAGUUUGUUCGGAAAGUUUCACGCGUCGCGGGCCUACAACGUUUUUAUACCGUCUCGCUAUAAAAGUCGUUUACAAACUUGAAACGAACGGGUCUUUUGUUUUGUAUUUUUUUUUUUUUAUCAUUAUUUUCUUUCCGUUUUGUUUCGGAUUCCGGAUGAACACUUCGACCAUAUGGUCGCAGUAUCGUGACGAGCGAUAUUCCGGACGUACGGUUUUAUAUUUAUAUAUAUAUAUAUAUAUAGGUACACGGUAUACACAGUCCGUCGUGUAAACAUCUGUCCACGGCGAUUGGGCGUACGUACACGACUUAAAAACCGUAUUCAGGACGCGACGGCGGGUUAAUUCAAUGAUUAUUCAGUCCGUCGUUGCUGUAAUUAUCGUCGUUUAGCGCGAUGGCGUUUAAAAUGUAAUAUAUUGCCCCGUUUGCGUAUAAUUAUUAAUAUAAUAUCAACAGUUCGAAUUGAUUUCGCGCGAGACGUACGGUUGCGGAUCUUUUUUUUUGAACCCGCAGGCUACUGUAGCUGCGGCACGCGAUAAUAUAGAUAUUUCGAAAUGGUUAUUCGCGCGAUUUCGUGACGAGCGAGAAACAAAAAAAAAAAAACGGGUAAAAUCCGUGCGUAGAGCAUUUAUAUUAUUAGCUCGAAAAAUUGCGUUUACCCGAUCGUGUUGUAAACUGCCAUAAUACACUCUCGUAACGGUCUGCAACUUCCUACAUGCAGGUUUCCGCUUGGUGCAUAUUAUAUUAUACAUGUACAAAUACACCUACAAAUUUUAGACUACAUCGUGUCCUUGGACGUCUUUUGGGUCGAUAACAUCUGAAAAUUUAUUCAUACGCUGGGUACACGUAUACCUGCAGAUACGAGGAUUGAAUAUCAGCGCGUAUAUUAUAUAGGAAGUAUACGUAAAUGCAGCACGUACUGCGCGGUUAGGUAGGUACGCGGUAUUUUUUUUUAUUUUUUUUUUUCUAUAGCGCGUGCACAUCACUUUUCCGUAAGAAAGCCCUGCAAUACGGUUGAAAAAAAAGAAUGUAUUUUGAAAAAAGUCCGCGAUAUCGCGGAUUUAGUACGAAAAUUCGUUUGGGAAAUAUUCGACGUUUGACGAAAUCGUUUUUUCAAUAUACUCGUGUUAUAUUAUUGUUCGUCAUCUUUGGAGAAAUCCGCGUUCGGCAAACUAACGUUUCUAAUUCGGAGUCGUCGUAUAUACAUUAUGAUUAAUUGAAACAAUUUAAACAAAAACAUAAUCAAUUAGUGUCGCGGGUUCGAGUCGUCGGUUUAUGAAUCAUCGCGUGACAGUGCGGAGCCGAGAAAGUCCACACUCUGCGUAAUAUUAUUGCGGCAAGCGCACAGUCAUUUUAUUUAAAAAAAAUCGCGACGAAAAAACAUUGCGCGCGGAUUUUGAUUAUUAAUAUUUCGUUUUUAUUUUAUUUUUGUUGUUUUUCACGUAAUUAUUACCUACAAUAAUCUUUAUAAUAUUGUAUAAUAUAUUCGACGAAAAUAACAUAAUUUUUUUUUGUCUUUGUUUACCCAAAGUACGGGCGUGUUUAAUCUUUAGACAUUCCUGAAAUGUUCGUAAUUGUUUAUUUAUUAUUACUUUAAUGUAUCAUAAAUAAUAAUAAUAAUAACAAUAAUCUGUCUCGAGUCGAAAUAUCAUGCCCGUCUGCAGCGUGGCUAUUAUAUGUUAUCCGUACAUAACCGCGUUGCGGCAGUCUUAUUCAUUAUAAUAUACCUACCUAACGACAACCCAAUGACUCACUCGUCGUCGUCCGUCAAGAUAAUAUAACAAAAUUUCGUAUAGGUAUUUAAGUACACACGUCUAUAAACGAAGUAUUUAACGAAAUAAUAACGUUAGCCGAGAAUCUCAAAAUAUCGCUAUAAUGUAAUUAUCGUGUUUUUGUAAAAUUACACGUCCACCGUCGUAUAAUAAUGGAUCUCUUCUAAACAUUUUUUAGACUACGAGCGAGGAAUAUAUUGGUUUUACUGUAAUGAUAUUUUUUUUUUUAUUUGUGUACAAAAAUUCUACCAGCACUUUUGUUCCGGUGUAUUGAGUGUAGCAUCCUUUUCGAAAGGUAAUAGUUUUAUCUAAUUGGUACUUUAGGGGGAUAAUUUUUUUGAUUUUAAGGGCAGUUUUCAUAAUAACUGGAAAAAAACGUAGGAAAAACGGAAAAUUUACGAAAAAGAAAAAAUGCUUUUAUUAUUUUCAAUAUUUGAUUUUUCGUUGUAAUUCAGUACCAAAUGUUCGUAGAGACUAGAAAUUUAAACAGAAAACUUUUGUUUGCCUUUUAUAGACGUGGUAAAAUUUUCAAAACAUUUGAGCCAUUUUUGACAUAUUUUAGAUAUUUUAAUUUCGUGAGUUUUUUUUACGUAAUUUCUAUUCGGUACCUAGAUACUCUGCGAACGAAAUGAUUAGACCAAUAGAAUGUUCAUUAUAAGUUGUACUUAAUGGUCAACAAGAAAAAGUCGAGUUUAAUACAGUAUUUUUUUUUUUUUUUUUAAUCAAAUUUUGGCCAAAUAUCGUAAAUAUUACGGCCUUUUAAAACAUGUAUAACCGAAUUCCACUCAGAAUCGUUUUUCGUUAGCAACGAUUAAUUGUUGCUUGCAGAUGUAAAUUAAAUUCCCCUUCUGUAUGUCUAUAUACUACCUUCCCAACUUCUCACUUACAACAGUGGCCCACCCGUCGUGCGUCGAAGUAUGUCCGUCUUUUUGAACACCUAUAUCUUUUGAAGUAUAGAAACUUCUUCGAAUGGUUUUUUUUUUAUCGUUAUCCUUUGGUUGAAAUAUAAUUAAAUUAUAAAUUAUCAUGCAUUGUGAUGUGUAUCCGCUAUAAUAAUAACAUGAUGCGAUUAUAAUAUUAUACGUAGAUUCCGUUUUUCUUAUUUUUUUUAUUAUAAUCCGCAUAUUAUAUAUUAUUAUAAAUAUAACAGUAUCUUGUAGAGUUUUUUUUUCCACGUUUUCAGACAAAAAUAAAAUUUGCUUUAAGCAAUACAUUUAUUCGUACGCACCAACUGAUGCGCGGGCGCCAGACCUCAAAUAAAAACCAUUAAUUCCUGGAUAUUCGUCGAACGUGUUUGAUGAUCUGCUAUUAAUACCUAUACGCUACGAUACAUUGUAUAGUAUUGUGUGUCUGUUGACUAUUAUUUUUUUAUGACCGGCGUAAACGUUUACGAAAAUAAACCGUAUGCACACCGAUUAUAUAAAAUCCUGUCAUAUGGUUUUGAAUUUCUAUCGAGUCGAUUUCAACAUAAUUCCUUAUACGUUGCUGUUAUUAUAUAUUAGGUAUACGCGCGGCUGUAAAUUAAAAUUUGCUCACGGCCACAGACAGUCGUGUGCACGCGGCGGAUAGGUACGAAUUACGGUUUAGUGUGCCGUUUCAAUAUUGCGCACACAAAAAUGUAAACUAAGUACGCGUAAUAUUUUUUUUAAACAUUUUUUUUUUCCAUAAUAUCGUGGUGAUAAAAUUACCGAGUUUAAGUAUUGUAUACUUGGUUAAUAAUUCUUUUGCGAGAAAUGUACUUUAAGUGAAAGUAUUACCCAUCUGAUUAUAAUACGACUUAAUAUGUCUUAUAGGCAUAGACACGGACGCUUAAUGAGAGGGUCAAGCUGUGGAACAAUUGCCCUUCUCACUCCUUCCCGAAGAGGUUUAAAUUCUUGUAUUAUGUAUAUUAUGAUUAUUAAUUAUUAAAGUCUGAAGUUUAUUUUAGGUAAAAAAAUCGUCGUUGAUUUAAUAUUUUUGAUUUUUCUAUCUAUUAACAAAUUUUUUACCAGAAAUCUUGCAACGAUAUUCAAGUGUAGCAUCUUCCAUUAAAGCAUAUUUCAUCUUGCAAUUGAAAAUUGAGGCGGUCAUUUUAUUAUUUUAUUUGUAGUUUUCUUAAUAAUUCGGAAAACCCGGAUAAAAAAAGGAACGUUUACGUCAUUAAAUGUUUCAUUAUUUUCGAUUUUAUUUUUCUAUUAUAUCAUUUUUCAAGCAUCUUUUCUGAAAGAAAACUUCGCCUUUUUGAUGCAAUGCAAAUUGGAGUUCGUUUUUUAUUUUCACGCAGUCGUAGUUCAGUAGGUUUAGGUUUUUAAAGAUAAGUUUAAAACACUUUAUACCCCUGUCGUGUCUUUCCGUUGAUUUGAUCCUUUCUUUGAUUUGAUUGACAAGAAAGUAGUAGAAAUAUAUUAUUCGUAAUAAUAUUAUUAUUUAUUUAUAUAUGAAAACUAAACAUAAAUCUAAAUAUAAGCCAAUAUUAAAAAAUAGGUGCCAGAAUAUAAAUACUUUGUGAAUAGGUAUUAAAAAUGUCCUGUCAACUAUUUACAAAUUAAGAUAUUUAAUUUAUUAAAGUUUUCAAACUUUAGCAUAAUGUAUUUUAAUACGAGGCUAGGUACCAAAUUCGUUCAGAAUUGUAUAAGGAAUUAUUAUAAUUAUAGUUUAUUGUUUAAAAUACGCUUAGAAACCGCAACUUUACACGCUAGCAUAGCAGAAUGGAGUUUUCUAACUUGUUUUUAAAUUAAAUUUGUCCUUUCUUCCCGGACUCAUUUCUGCGAGUGUCUGUGCCUAUAGAUUUUUAUAUCACAACCUAAAAUGGUCUCGAACAGUAUUCGAAUAGGUAAUCAUAAUAUCAUAAUAUAUUUUAUUAAUGAAAUUUUAUUAGAUUUUACGUGACCAAUUAAAUUCAAAACAAGAUUUAUAAUAUUAUUUAGGUACCUACCUAUAGAUAUUAUCAAACUAUAGCAACUUCUUUAAAUACUGUAUAUAUUAAUAAUUUGCAUACAUAGUAAUAUUAUCUUUUAUUUGUAUAAUAAAAUUCCCGGUGAUGUAUAUUGUUUAUUUCUUUUUAAAUCUAAUACGACAGUGUUAAUAAAAUCCAGGAAAUUCAUAUUAUUGCGAUAUAGUCUACCAUAUUACUAUUUGUAUUAGUCAUUUGGUCAAUUUAUAUAUGCAAUUUAUACAAUACAUACGUGUAUAGUGUAUACAAGAAACUUAAAAGGGGGGAAAAUAUGCGUUUAAUACGAGGACGGUCGUACCGUUGUAUCAACCAGACGAUGACAUCAUCCGGUGAGUUCAACUGCGUGACGUCAUCACAUACCACUGUUUUUUUUUUUUGCUAGUAGCGCGUGCCCUUUUUACACAAAAUGCAUUUUGAAUUCAGUACUUAUACGAGUAUACUUUUUUUUUUUUUAUUUGGUUUGUAAUUUUCGUUUUUAUAAACGUCCAUAAUCGUGUUUAACCGGAUAAAUACCUAGUGAAAUAGCAAAACAAUACGAAGUAUAUGCAAUUUUCACCGUUACAGACCGCUCCUAUAUAUGAAUAACAUAAUACGAAUUUAAACGAUCACGACUUUAUAAAAAAAUCGUAUGUUAUUAAAUCAAAAUUACCAGAAUUGUUUUAUUGUGAUAAACUGAUUUUUACCUACUACGAUUUUCCGUAAUUCAUGUAUUGUAUAGGUAGGUUAGGUGAUUAAUUUUGACGUGUCUAAUGGAAUCGCGUGAUUAAAUUAAAAUAUGCUUUUAAACCAAACCCAAAAAUGUAUGUAUUUUAUUAUGACUACAACAGCUCUACGUGUUUACGUUUAUCAAUCUUUAACUAAGUAUAAUAAUGUAAUAUAGGUAGUAAAAAAUAAGGGAUAGGGAUAUACCUACUGAUCGUAUAGCGAUGAUCGGCAGACGGGUAUAUACAUAUAUAGUGUUUGAAUUUAUCAUGUUAUUUUAGUAUAUGGAUUAAAAUUCCAUGUUUGUUAUUAUCGAUUGACCCUAGGAAGUUAACACUAUUUGAAAUAUUUCAUAUCACUGUAGAUAUUGUAUAAUAUACAUUGAUAAUAUUUUUAUUACACAAAAUAAAUAAUAUUAUGUGACUAAAAUUCAUUAUUUCGUUAUUAUAUUUUAUAUGUUAUAUUAACAUCCUUAGCUAUAUAAUAUUACAACAAUCUCUAUUUAGUAAAACAAUACACUAUUAUAUGUUUAUGAAUUAUUAUGUUGUUUUAACACAAUACCGACGAACUAUACGUUGGAAACAAUUGUUUGUAAUUUUGUCAUCGAUUCUGAGCGAAACGAUGAUGUUAUUGAUUUUUUCAUUAUACUAUACAUGUAUUAUAUAUAUGUGUUUUUUUUUCGUUAUGUUUUCUAUGACACAAUUUUCGUUAGUAUUAGGCAAUUAGGAGUGCUCGUUCGUUAUUGUUUUUUGUUUUUUUUUUUUGAGAAAAUGUUCUAAAAAGUGAUAUUUACGAAAACAAAACGAAGGUAUUUUGAAAAUAAAUUUCUACAAUCUUUUAUGUUAUGCCUAUGACUAAUAAUCAUUACCACUCAAAAUAAUAUCUGCAGCUGCAGUAAAUUCUGUCUGCAAAUAUUCUAAUAUAGUGUACAUGUACAAUAUACAUACUAUGUUUAAAAAAUAUACCUUUCAGAUUUAGUUUUAUUGUUAUUUACGAUAGUAUUACACUAUUAAUAGUGUAUAAACUAUUUACAAGUUAUUAUGUCACAGUGAACUGUGUUGUUAUGUUGGACUCUUAGAACUAAAAUUUUUUUUUUUUUUAUCAAUGACAUAUUCCACUGAAUUUAACGGUGAAAUUUAUUUGUUAAUUAAAGAAAUUCCAAACAGAACAGAGAUUCCUAUAUCUAGAUCCGGAACUUGGGGGAAGGUGGGGAUCCCUUUUGAACCCCCCUAAGUAAUUAGUUAAAUAAUACUUUUAAUUAUUAUUAUUAUUAUUUUUUUUGCAACCGUAAUAGUUUAAAACAUAUAUUCGCUAUUGAUGCAAGAUUACAACCUUCUUGAAAUUACGAUUUCUAAAUAUUUACGCUUAUUUAGACAUCACGAGGAAUCAUUAAAGUGCAUUAUAAUAAUGCGCCAUGAUUGAAUAAGCUAUAAAAAUAUUAUUAUCAAAUAAACACCGAUAGGUAACCUACUUUUGUGUUUAAAGUAAACCUGUCAUGUAUAGGCAGUGCAAUGUAUGUUCUAUUAUUAAUGGUUUUUUUAAGAGACCCGAAUUCAGCGUAUAUAAUAUAUAUAGUUCAUUUAGUUGUUAUUGUAAUAUGUAAUGUUGAAAAUUGUUCCAUUUAAAAAAAAAUCUAUUUUUUUACAGUACCAUUAUUUUUAAAAAGCGUAUUAAAUUACACUAAUAUAGUAAUAACUUAUAAUUAUAUACAAUAUAAUCUAAAUAAUUUUUUAUUAGAUACUGAUUAAAGUAUAAUAGUUAGGUACCUACUUAUAUUUAUAUGAAAUGAAAAUUCAAUUUUCUGAGAUCAUAAAAACGUUUAAAUGUAAUGGAAAUUUAAAAAUGUUUACAUCGUAAAAUAAAUAAAUCCGAAGAUCACGUAUUUAUAUAUUUUUUUACCACCGUAGAGAUUUUUUUAUUAUUAGGAUUUUGUACGUGUUUAUUAGAAAUUUCAAGAAAUUUAAUAACAACUAUUUUAAUCGUAUGAAUUUAUGUAUUAUAAUAUAUCAUAUUAUAUUUUAAUUGAAUUAAUAUAUAACUAGAAAUUCACAGAGAUCUAUGGGUAUAGUUUAUAAAUAAAUUAUGUUAGGUAUCUAUUAGUUAUCGGUACAUAAUAUAUAAAUAAAAGUAGGCGGUUAAAAUUCACUUCAAAUUUGAAUAAAAUGGACGAAUUGAUGAAUAAAAUGUUCUUCUUGUUAAUUAAAAAAAAUUCUCGUCUUUCAUCAUCGCCGUGUUGCACUUAUUAACAAAAUUAACAAAUAUUUACCGAAACUAUUUGCUUAUGUACUCAUAUGUGCAUAUGCACUUCCAUUCAGUGAUUGUAUUUAAUUAUACCUAUUGUACCCAGAUAAUUUCACAGUUAUAUUUCUUUAAAUAAUUCUUAAUUGUCUUAGCUUGAUUGUGUAACACUUAACCGAUACUUAUUUAUUUAAUUUUUUUUAUAUCUACAUUAUUCUUUCAUUUAUCAAUUGUUAAAUCAUUUUUUUAAAUAAUUUUCACAUAAUAUAUAAAUAUAACCUGUCUAUAAUAUCGAUACUGCAAGUUUAGGCACAUAAUACUACUUAUAUCUACACUCAGUACUUAAUUCAAUUAAAUUGCAUGUAUAUAAAAAAAAAAAAAAAAAAACAGAAUACUACUGAUGGAUAGGCCAUCGUUAUAAGUGGGAAGUUGAAAAGUUUUAAUAAGGUAACAUUCUGUAAGUAAGGAUGAAUCAUCGCUGACCAAAAACGAUUUUGGGUGAAGGUCUGUUAAUCAUGUUUUGAUAAACAUUAAGAAAUUAUUUAUUUAAAAUUCAACCCUUAAAAAGAUGAAAAAAAAAUGAAAGAAAACGUACUUCUAAAAUAGUUCUACUAAUAAUUAACUGUAGCGUAUGAACGGGGAUGGAAACUAGGAGUCACGGGAGUAACAUGUUUUUAUUUUUUUACUGUUCAAUAUUGAUACGGGAAAAGCUGUGCGGGACAGCUUAUAUUUUAUAUUUAUAUUUAUACAUACGAUAUAAUAUAUUUAUUUUUUCAUAUUGUAAUAUAAUCUUUAAUACAAAUUUACAAAUGUGUACGUUGUUUAAAUUUUAUCUUCAUUAAAUUGUAAGCUUAAUAUUAAAAAAAAAAAAAAAACAUUAAAAACUGAUUAAUCAUUACUGCAUUUUUAAUAUUAAACUAAAUUUUAAAACGUUUUAACGUGUGUUCAAACCUAGUAGAUAACUAGUGUAAUAUCCUCUUAAUUACAACAAUAAAAUAACGCUAUAAUUUUUAUUUUGUAACCAGGAUUUUUUUUUUAUAGUAUUUAUAUCUACAUAAUAAUAAUUAUUAAAUUAUUCAACUAAGUUAUUGUAUACUACACGAAUUCAUUAACUAACUGGUGUUUUUUCUUUAGAAUUCGCCGAGUAUAAUUGUAUUCUAUAGACAGUAACAAUAAUGUGCUAAAUUUUAACUAUUUAUUAUUAUCGGUGCAUGCGGCAAAUAGUUCUAAGUAUGUAUAUAUAUACCAAUUCGUUACGUUCAGUAUCAAUUUGAUUGCCGAACAUUAUUACAACGGUCAUUUUGAAGUUGCUGCAGUCAUAGAAAUAGUUUCAAAGAAAUAUAAUACAAAACUGUAUAAUAGUAACUUAUAUAAAGCUUAUCGGAUUUCAUUAUUGGUUUAAUAUCGUACAAGUAUAUAAUAUUGUUAUGUAGAAAAAAGUAUUUUAUAAAACUCGCGGCUAAUACGCGUAAUAUGUGUAUACAUAAAAAAAGUGACAUGUUUAGUAAGUAGUUUUGAUGUAUAACAAGGAUUUUUACCAUUUAAGGUCUUGGAUUUCAUAUAAAUAUAUAUAGCGGUACCAUACCUCUACCUUCCCCUAACCUCGCCCGGAGGAGUCCAUUACUGCUACUAUAAGAACACCGUAUGUGCGCAUUUACUGUAUUAUCAUUAUUUCUGUUCCGUAUAUGCGACAUACCUAUAUUUACAAAUUAUAAUGCCAUAACCCGUAACACAUGGACGUUUAAUGCAAAUAAUGUUCAAUAUAUAGAUAUUAUAUGUACCUAUAUAUUAUGACAAGUGUAUUAAAUGUUAUUUAUAUUAUGAUUACAUAAGCGAUAGAUGAUUUUGAAUUUGGUACCUGCCGUUUUACCUUUUUUAUAUUACAGUGUUUAAAGUGUGAACAACUUCGAAGGGUGAAUAUAUUUACCGAAAAUUAAGCGGCGUUCCCGAGAACUAAGCAAACCCAACCAAACUCAGGAAAUUCAUCGUAGAGACAAUACUUUCCAUAUAAUAUUUUUUUCUCACACACAUUUGUUCAUACAAAUGUUACACACUAACAGGAUUUAAAAAUAAACUACACCCUAUCCUUAAAUUGUAAUCCUGCGCAUAUGAUUGCUCAGUAAAAAAAAAUAAAUUAAAUUCUGGUUACGUUUUAUCUCAUAGAUAUUGAAGAAUUCAUUUUUUAUUAAAUCAAUUAGAUUUUUUAAAAUUUGAUUAAAAAUUUAUCGCUGAUCACAAUUAAAGUGUACCCCCGACUUCAAAGUCUUAAACUAAAUGGGACUAAUUUUAUUUUAAAUAAGAAGGGUGACUCUAACCACUUUAACCACUGUUUUAUGCACUUAUAAUCACGUUCUUCUCGUUCGUUUCUUUGAUAUAAUUUAUAUAAUAUAUUAUUACUCGGCUGCGGUAUGGAAGAACAACAUUAUACUGUUAGAAAAAAUAUUUCUUUCAUUCUAUACUACUCGUCAAUAAUAGUUUAUUAGCAAAUACCGCACUCAGUAAACAAUAGCCGUGUACUAACAUCACAUCAUUAUAUAGCCGUGCCCUACAUGAUGCUUCUCUUUUCUACUCGUUUUAUUACGAGGUAUAACAUUUUUUUUUCCCCAACGCGUGAAUACUUUAAUUAAAACUAAUACCUAUAUAGUUAGUUUAAUAAAAAUGUAUCUAUAGGUGCCUACAUUUAUAUGCUUUUAUUCAGUAUUUUUAUAAUUCAUUUUAUCGGUACCUAUAUAUUAGAUCGUAGGUAAUGUGUAUGUUUUGGAAUUCAAAAUAAUGUAUUAUUUCGAUUAUACGUAUAUGUAUUUGAAUACAUAUACCUACCAUAAAAUGGAUGAGUAGCCAAGGGGAUAAAUGUACUGUUAUAUAUAGGUACAUGGCUUACCUAUAUCUACAUAAUCAUUGUCUUUGAAAAUAAUACGUUAUAAAAAAAUAAUAAUAAUAAUACAAAAAAACAGCGUCGCGAAAACUGUGAGAGAAAGAAAGACCAUGAUGGAACCAACUGGUUUCAAGACCUAUUUACCGUACAAGGAAAUGAUUUUUAGUAUACAGAAUAUUAUGUUAUACUUCAAUGACGAACUGUUUUAUCUUUCUAAUACAGUUGUGAAUUCAAAACUAUGUGAAUGGUAUUUCAGUGGUUUAAGUAGGUACCUACCUGCGUACAAUAUUAUUAUAAAACUUCAUAACCUCCCUUAUUAAAACAUAAAUUCUGCUAGAUAAAUUAAUAAAAUCAUGUUUGAUAAUUUCAAAUAAUUUAAGUUUAUCAACAUUGUAAAACGUUUAGAUGAGUAUAAUUUAAUUUUUAAUCAACUUCAUUUAUUUAGUUACUUUUACGAGUUUUACAUUAUACCUAUAUAUACCCUAUCCUUAUAUUAUAAUUGUUUACUUAUUUAUUAUAUUAGGUAUUAUGCCGCUAUAUUCCAAUUUAAAUGUCUAAAUUAUAUAAUAUACAUGCAUUUACACGUUAAAAAGUAACCAUUUAUUUCGGGGUAAAACUCACGUAUAUCGUAUGUGUUUUUUAGUGUGAAUGCCCUAAUUUAAAAUGCAGAUGCACCGAGCCAUGCUAACAAUUAACUACCUAUAUAGCUACAUAGUAAGGAUUUUGAAUUGCUGCAUUUUAUAGUUCUAUGUGGUUGAUCGCCAAUUACCUACUAUAAUAUAACUACUAGGUACACUAAUGGCUAAGUUAGUUGAAUAUUUACAAUUAAUAAUAAUCAUAUAAUAUACAUUAUACAGGAUGAUCAAUCCUCGACAAAACACUCUUUAUCAUGGAAGUAUAACUUAUUUCAGAAUAUUUUUUUUUUGGAUGUUAUGGAGCACAAGUAGCUCUAAAAUAUCAUUGAUUACCGAUGUUUUUUGUUCAAAAUAUACACUGUAUAUAGACUACCUAUAUAGUAAAUUUUGUACAGAAAAAAAAACGAAAUAUUUAAAUUAAAUUCUGGACCAUACUGAAUAAUUUUACUUGGACACUUAUUUAUUAUUAUACUACCUAAAUAAUAAAAUGAAUAAGUAUUUAAUUUUUCUCAGUCUUUCUAUUUACUUGAAUCCAUAAUAUUUGUUUUAAUGCCAAGUUUGGAAGAUUAAUCGGCAUUGACACGAUAGUUUUGUUAGCCGUUUUCCGUUUGUAAUUUUUGAAAAUAGCCACGUGAAUAAACAGUUUAAAAGACAAGCCAUUGACAUUCUCUACCCUUGCUUGUAGGGUGCAGUAUUCUCAUAUAGAAUCAAUCUGUAGGGUCCCAGACGUACCAGUGGUUACCAAGCCCUCGGCCGACUGUCGCCAGACACACCCAGUUUUGAAUACACAAUACCUUCGUAUACAACAAUGUAACAAUAACGCGUGUAUCUUGUAUUUAUGAAUUGAAAUAAUUAUACAAUCUGUUCACAAAAUGCACAUGUGGUUAGUUAAAUUUACAAAUCAUGGAGUAGUAGUAUAACUAUUAACUACCAAUUACAAAUAUUUAAUUAAUCAUUAGAUAUUGUGUGAAAUGUUAAUUAGAAUUAAACUUACGAGGAAGUAUGGGGGGUUGUGACAACUCCUAAAUUUAGAAAUUUAAAUUAUUAUGGCGGAAAUUCAAGAUAAUAUAAUAUUAAAGUCGACAAAAUGAAUAAUUUCUUCGUUAUUGUUUUUUGUAUUUAAUUAGUGAUUAUCUUUAAAUAUUUUAUUUAUUAUUAUAUAAAUAUUUUCGGAAGUCUGCAAAUUUGGCAGGUAUUUGGAUAUAUCAUAUGUCUCCAACGAUUUUUAAUUUUUUAUGUUAGAAUUUCAUUAUGUAGUUUUCUACAUUAAAACGUUAAAAACUGUACGGUUUAUGACUUAUUAGUUAUUUGUAUUUUGUAUAGGACGUUAUUUAUUUGGUUCGAUAUUAAUAAGUUUCAAAUUUAGUUAUUAUUGAAUAUAGGUAGGGUUAUGAGUUAGUUCCCAUCUGCAGUUUGUUACCCACUGCAUGAUCGAUAAUGUUUCAGCAUCCCCCAGAUGUUAAACACAUUACUGAAAACCAAAUGCACACAGAAUAAAUAAAUCCUAAUUUGCUGGGAGAAGUCUAUUUCCGCUGUUGAUAAUAAUACUUGCAUUGCUUGCUUUAUACUAUACAGACAUAGACAAUUAUAGUGUGACUGGAUAAAAUUAUAAUUUUCUUUAGAAAUUAUAUGAAUAUUAUAUUAGAUAGUACCUAUAAACAGAAUAUAUUAUACGAAAUUUAACCGAAUAGGUUUUUGUAAUUGUCUACACGAUUUAGUCAUUAUAUGCAUUGACACUCAAGGGAUAUGACUCACAACUAGUAUGAAUCACCCCUUUUAAAAAAAAAAAGUUAUCUACUUUAUUACAUUAAUUUUAUUCCCUUUUGAACUAUAUAUACCUACUUUACUAUACAGAUUUAAGUUUAAUAUUAUUAUUUUUUGUUGAACAGAAAUGAGUUCCCCGUCGUUGAAAGAUUUACCAAAAGUAGCAUACGAUCUUAAAAGCCAACUUGAAGGAUUUAAUCCUGACAAUAUGAAAAAGGCUGAUACGAAUGAAAAAAUAAUUCUUCCUACUGCUGCAGGUAUAUUUGAUUAAUAAUCAUUAUUAAAUUUUAAUAAUGAACGCUUAACUAGUUUUGUAUGCUCUUAAAGCUUAUUAUUAUUUUAUUAAAAACUGUUUUUUAUUUUGUUAAAGCUACUACCUAGUAUCUACCUAAGACUUUUAUAGCUAUGAAUACCUAUAUAACCAAUAUACAUAAUGGCCAAAUAAGUAAUUUUUUUUUUUUUUCAUUUGAUAGUGUCCGAUAAAAAUAUAUAAUGGGCAAUUCAUUAAUCAUCUAAACCACUCAAUAUUAUAAUAACUAAUUUAUUUACUUGAAGAUGACAUAGAAAUGCUUAAAUUUCACUAAGUAUAUCAAAUUAAUCAAAUUUAUCUGUGGGUACCUAAUUCUAUCUAAGUCAAUUAAUUAAUUUUGUAUUUUGAAGUAAAACUACAUUUUUAUAAGUAUACUUAUAGUUUAAAAUAAUACCAUAAAUUAAAAAUUAAAAUAUUUUUUUUAAUAACUAUUCAUUAUACAAAAAGUAAUUAUAUAAAUACCUACUUCAAUAGCAUAAUAUGAUUUAAAAUAAAACAAAGGUAGAUAAAUAAAUAAUCUACCUACCUACCUAUUAAAAAUAAAUCUAUACCUACCAACCUAAAAAUAUUAGUGACUUAAGUUACUUUAUUUUUACUUAGUUAUGUAUUAUUUAUAGGUAGGUACAUAUUAUAUUAUGUUUAGAUAUAUAGGCAUGUAUUAUCUAUUUAAAUUUUGGAUUUAUAAAAUUAACAAUUAAAUAGAUAAGUAUUUUUUUAGAGCAUGCCAUACUUUUAUUAAGCUUAUAUAAUUAUUGUUUUAUGCUGAUCAAUAGGUAUGAUUAAAUAUGUUGACAUUACUUACCUGUUAAACUUGUCUACAUAAAUGUAUUGCUUAUGCGUGUAAAUUUCAUAGUCAUGUGAACUUUCCACGCUUUAGCUGUGUUUACCUAAGAGUAUGUUAAAAUGCUUGCUGUUGCUUUUUUUUUGGAAUAAAAAAAAAAAAAAAGAUGUGAAACGCGAACGCCAGCACAAUGAUCUCAUCCAGGGCGUCAAUAACUUUAGCGUGGAAAAGCUUAAGAGAACAGAUACUCUGGAAAAAGUGAUCUUGCCGAAUGCUCAAGGUAAGUGUGCUCUUCAGGCUAUAUUUUAUUAUUGAUUCUGAACGUUUUUCAAACGAAACACAGAUUCUUGAAUGUGGUUUGUAUUUCAGAUGGCUUAACAUUGUUUAGAGUUUUAUGCUUGCAUUAAACAUUAUACCUACUUGCCUUUAUAGAUAUAUUUUAUAAGUUAAACAAAAUUGCCAUAUAUUAAACUAAAUUUAAAUUUUUAGAUGUAGCUGCUGAAAAGACCCAAAAAGCCAUUACUGAAGCGCUCAUUGAAGGCGUUGGAGGAUUUGAUACUGGUAAACUCAAACAUACGGAGACUCAAGAAAAAAAUCCACUUCCUGAUAAGACUGGUGAGUAUUGUCUUAAAAUAUCUAUACAAUUUUAUUUUAUUUUUUUUUUUGUAGAUGUCAAAAAUAUCUUAUUCUAUUCAAAUAAUUGAAUUAAUUCUAUUUUAGUGAUCGAAGCUGAAAAGGAACAACAGCAAUUAAUUUCCGGUAUUGAGAACUUUGAUACCAAAAAGUUGAAGCCCACUGUUACUGAAGAAAAAAACCCAUUGCCCACUAAAGAAGGUAAAUUAUGGUAAAAAUAUGUUUAUUUUCUUUAGUUAAUAAUAUAUCCAUCCAUUACCUCAUUAUUUUUAAAUAAUAUUUAUAAUAAUAUACAAGGUGAUUUAUUAAGCAUACUACUAACCCUUUUUUAUGAUUAAAUUAUGCAUAAAUUAAAAUUCUGAUUUUUGGAAUUUUUAAAUGUAAUGAAAGACAAUAUUAUCAAAUACUUAGAUUUUUCACAACAGCUGUCAAGUAUCAUAAUGCGUAAUAAUAUUAACUUUGGUUUUUCAAAUGACAAUCUACAUGUUUUAAUUUAAUUAGUCAAUCAGAUUAUUUUCCUGAACAUUUUGACCUAUUGUAAUUGAAAUUUGAAUGAAAUGUUUCAGAAUUGUUUUACUUUAAAUAUUAAAGAUUAAGUAUAAUAACUACAAAAUUCAAAACAAUAAAUUGCCUGUACACGAAUUCUAUGAAACAGUUAAUAUUCUUAUAAAAGGCUAUUAUUCUUAGUAUUUAAAGUAGAAUAAUUCAGAAACUUUUUUACAUUCAAAUUUUGAUUACAAUAUGGUAACAUUUCCAAAAAAACCAUCUGAUUGAUAAUUUGCAUCAGAACAUGUAAGUUUUCAUUUGAAAAAUCAAAAUUGUUAACACUUUAAGUGUUGUGAAAAAUCAAAUUAUGCGGAAAUAUAGUUAUUUACCACACUUCAAAAUUCUAAAAAUCAGAAUUUGAAUUUCCACAUAAUUUAACUAUACAAAUGGGAUGAGCAUGCUUAAAAAAGUCAAUCUGCAUAUUAUAUUAUAUCUUAAGUUAUAAAAAAAAUUGUGUAAAUAAUAGUUGUUCUUAAAAAUUAUACUAUCCUUAUCUUUCCUAUGAAAAAAAUAAUUUGAUCGCUUCUGCUCAAACCAUUAUACUAGUGAAUUAUUUAAAACAGAUUAUUUCAUGGGUAUAUAACUUUUCUAGUUAUUAAAAUAAAAUAUUGUAUUUAAGAAGGGGAUUGAUUUAACCCUUCAAUGCCCAUUGUAGCAAAUAUGCAACAUGUUAAAAUAUGUUUUCACACUACAUACGGAUUACAACAAAUGCGUUGUGUCAUCUAACGUAUAGUUUAAGACCUAAUCUAUGUUUUAUAUUCAUAUGUACAUACAAAUGUUAUCAUUCCCGUUUUGUAACGUGUUUCAAGCUAGAUAAAGUAAUUUAAUGGUUUUUCUCUUGUGUGUUUCGAGAGAAAAAUAAAUACUGUUUUAAAUCAUCAGAGAUGAAACUUAAAAUUAUAUGGUUUAUAUGAAUUUUCAUAAUACAUAAAUUAUUAAUAACGCAGUAGUUAUACUUAAGUUUAUUUUAGUAGUUUAGUUACACAAAUACAAUUUUCUAAUACAAGCUCACAGGAUUUUUAAAAUUAUUUUUCCCAAAUUCAGCACAUCAAAAUUAACUAGGAUAUUUUUUAUGUAAAAAAAAAAAAUAGGUAUUGAAGGGUUAAGUAAAAAUAUAUUAUAUAUAUAUAUAUAAUAUUCCUUAUUUAAUUUAAAAUCCUCAUAGGUAAUUUAAUAUUUUACUUAUAUACAAUUACCAAUGAUCUGUAAUAAGUUAAAUUAAACUAAAUUAUAUUAAAAAUUACUUUUUAAUAGUUUGCUUUUAAUAACGGUUAUUAUUUUAUUUAUUUGUUUAGUUAUAGCUGAAGAGAAACAAGCCUAAGCAUCAAAAUUCCUCAAACAUGGUUUAACCUCAAAGGGAAGGAUAAAUUAUUAUAUUAUACUCUUACAUUUGUAUCCCCUAUUGAGUUAGGCAAUGUGAAGAUUUUUUUUCGAUUUUUUUAUAGAUGAAUAAUUAUUAAAUUAAGUAUCUCCAAAUCAAUUCCGUCUUGAUGUAUUAACUGUUGAAUUACAAUUGAAAUACAUUUUUAACACGGAAUUUAUAAGUAUAUAAUUUUUUACUCUUUUCAAACUUUUUUAAAUAUAACCUAAUGCAUAUGCAUAUUUUAUAACACCAAUAUUUA